GGAAGCCUGAGGCGGGAUAAUGGAGGAUAUAGUUGAAUGAAGCAGGGUUGUUGCUUUGUGCUUUUGCUCAUUAUAGUGGGAGCAUAAUAAGCCUGAGGGAGACCAGGAAGCACUAAUUUGGGGAAUAACUGGUGGCUCCUAACAGUGGCAGCUGAACUGUAGUGAUCAUCAAGCUUGGGCAGAACAUUCCUUCAAUUUUUAAUUAAGAGGGAGAAAAACAACACCAUCAUAUUUCAAGAUGCAGGAGCCAGUUGCAGAUCCAAAAGCCCUUCCUCGUCCCAGUCGUAUAACUAUAAUGAACCCUGCAGCAAAUCCCCGGCGAAUGCGACGGCUUAUUGCAGAGGAUCCUGAAUGGAAUCUAGCCAUAGUUCCACAGCUCACAGAGCUCUGUAUCCAGCACAUAAUCACUAACUUUGAAAAGAAUCCUAUUUUGCAUAGCCUCAUUCCUGAACACCAAAGGAAAGUACUGGACAAGAUCUCUACAAGUCUUCCCCUUACUGUGACUGCCAACCUGAUUAGUGAUGAAAACUAUUGGAAACGGUGCUGCACAGAGAGGUGGACAGUUUGUGAUGUGUCCCGUUAUGGAAACAGCUGGAAACAGAUGUUUUUUGAACGUCACCUAGAAAACAUCUUGAAGUUCUACAUUCCAGAUACCACAAGUCCCAACCAAGUUCUGGAUAUUAUUCCACUCUGCAAGGAAUAUGUGAAAAAGUUGGAGAUUGAUCAGUUUCUUCCACCAGUGAAAUUAGAUCAGAAGAAAGAAGAUGAAGAAGCUUCUGAUACUGAAAGUGAUGCCGGAAUAGAUGAACCUUCUAUGGACCAUUUUGAUAUGAGCUUACUGGUUCCAGCUCUCUGUCACCUAGAGGAACUCCAUCUUUCGUAUGGUGUUAAAGACUGUGGCAUGAAUUUUGAAUGGAAUCUAUUUGAGUUCACUUAUCGGGACUGUUGUUCACUGGCAAAUGCUCUGAAGAAGUGUCUUACGCUGAAAGUGUUCAAACUGUCACGUAGUAAAGUGGAUGAUGACAAAGCUCGGCUACUGAUCAAACAUCUAUUAGACCACCCCUCAUUGAUAGAACUAGAUUUAUCUCACAACUUGAUUGCAGACCGUGGAGCACGAGCUGUUGGCAAGCUAAUCAACUGCAGCAAGCUGGUAACCCUUAACCUUUGUGAUAACAGGAUCCGGGCCCAAGGAGCCCAGGCUAUUGCUCAUGCUCUGUCCAAGAAUUCCAUCCUGACAUCCUUAAAUAUGCGCCUCAACUGCAUCGAGGAUGAAGGAGGUCAAGCCAUCUGCCAUGCCCUCCUGGUUAACAGCACAGUGACUACUCUUCACUUGGGUGGCAAUGAGUUGUCAGAGCCAACAGCCACUCUUUUCUCUCAAGUCCUGGCUCAGAACAUAACUCUGACACACAUCAACCUUUCCUGCAACCACAUUGGGCUAGUAUGCAAUCUUCUUCUUAAAAUGUGCUGUUUGUGGGGUGCCCAAAGACAAUCAGCUGGGUAUUGUGAAGUAAGAAUGAACAGGAGGAACCUUCGGUCUUUUCUAGAUGGAGGGAAGCAGCUGCUAGAAGGCAUGUCUGAUAACAAGACUGUGGUGGAAUUUGACCUGAGGCUGGCAGAGGUGGGACAGGAGAGUGAAUACCUCAUAAACCAGGCCAUAAAGACUAACCGGGAACAAGCCCGUCUCAAAAGUCUUCAUCGUUCAGGUUCUACCCAUGGCCCACCUCCUCCUGAAGAAAAACUUCCUGAGCCAGUGUAAUAUUUUUAUGUUUCGUCAUCACCUUCAAACUACACUUUAUUAAAUAUCUAUUUUUAAUCUAAA